CGCUUCCGGUUCCGUGCCCCCAACAUGGCGGCGGUCCCUGCGCUAAGCGGGAUCUGAGCGCAGCGGAGCUCCCCUCGGUGCCGCCUGCCCGCCCCAGCGCCGGGGCCCGCUCCCGCCCUCCUCGCUCUCUCUGUGCGGGGCGAGUCGGGACGGGUGCGGGUGCCGUCGGGAGCGCCGGUCGCCCCGGGCUACCGAGCGGUUCCUGCCCGGGGUUGAGGCGCUGCCGCCGCCGCCAUGGCGCCGGUGCAGCUGGAGAGCAACCAGCUGGUGCCGGCUGGCGGGGGCCCGGCGUCAGCCCCGGCCCCGCCGGCCCCCGGGGCCGUGACAGCCGCCGCCAGCCCCGGCUACCGGCUCAGCACCCUCAUCGACUUCCUCCUGCACCGGACCUACGCCGAGCUCACCGUGCUGGCCGACCUGUUACCAAGAAAGACUGAUAUGGAAAGAAAAAUAGAAAUAGUGCAGUUUGCAAGUCGCACUCGUCAACUGUUUGUUCGUUUGUUAGCCUUAGUCAAAUGGGCUAAUAAUGCUGGAAAGGUGGAAAAAUGUGCGAUGAUAUCAAGUUUUUUAGAUCAGCAAGCCAUUCUGUUUGUGGACACUGCCGAUCGUCUGGCAUCGCUAGCUAGAGAUGCUUUGGUUCAUGCCCGUCUACCUAGUUUUGCUAUCCCGUAUGCUAUUGAUGUUCUGACAACUGGAUCAUACCCGCGUCUGCCUACCUGCAUUAGGGAUAAAAUAAUCCCUCCUGACCCAAUAACAAAAAGUGAGAAGCAAACCACACUUCAUCAGCUAAACCAGAUUCUUCGACAUCGACUAGUGACUACAGAUCUCCCUCCACAGCUGGCAAAUCUUACAGUUGCCAAUGGCCGUGUGAAGUUCCGAGUUGAGGGUGAGUUUGAGGCCACAUUGACAGUGAUGGGUGAUGAUCCUGACAUCCCCUGGCGCCUUCUCAAACUGGAAAUUUUGGUUGAAGACAAGGAAACUGGUGAUGGUCGAGCCUUGGUUCACAGCAUGCAGAUCAACUUCAUCCACCAGUUGGUCCAGUCACGGCUGUUUGCUGAUGAAAAGCCACUUCAGGACAUGUACAGCUGUCUGCACUCCUUCUGCUUAGCACUUCAGUUGGAAGUCUUGCAUUCACAAACACUAAUGCUGAUUCGUGAGCGCUGGGGUGACCUUGUGCAAGUGGAGCGAUAUCAUGCCGGGAAAUGUCUCUCGCUCUCUGUUUGGAAUCAACAGGUGCUUGGCAGGAAAACAGGGACUGCAUCUGUUCAUAAGGUCACUAUUAAGAUUGAUGAGACUGAUGUCUCAAAACCCUUACAAAUCUCUCAUGAGCCUCCACUGCCAGCCUGUGAUUCCAAACUGAUGGAAAGAGCCAUGAAGAUUGACCACCUAUCAAUAGAAAAACUCCUAAUAGACAGUGUCCAUGCAAGAUCUCAUCAAAAACUCCAGGAGCUGAAAGCCAUUCUUAAGAGCUACAAUGUUAAUGACAAUUCAUUCAUUGAGACGGCUCUUCCAACUCUUGUAAUUCCAAUUUUGGAACCAUGUGGUCGAUCAGAGUGCCUGCAUGUAUUUGUUGAUCUCCACUCUGGAAUGUUUCAACUGAUGCUGUAUGGUGUUGAUCAACUGACACUCGAUGACAUAGAGAAGUCUGUUAACGAUGAUAUGAAGCGUAUCAUUCCUUGGCUCCAGCAGCUCAAGUUCUGGCUUGGACAGCAACGUUGCAAACAGUCUAUAAAACAUCUGCCUACAGUGAGCAGUGAAACUCUUCAACUAGCUAAUUAUGCUAGCCAUCCAGUGGGAAACCUUUCCAAACACAAAUUGUUUAUCAAACUCACUCGCCUUCCACAGUACUACAUUGUUGUAGAGAUGUUUGAUGUUCCUGGCAACCCCACAGAACUAGAGUACAAGUACCAUUUUCUCUCUGUGAGCUAUGCUGAAGGAGAUGACAGUCCUGCUACUGCACUUUUACUACAGCAGUUCAAACCAAACAUUGAAGAAUUGGUACUAGACACAAAAAGUGGGAAACAAGUGAAAAGUGGUGUCAAGCGUAAGUUAUCUGGUGAUCCAUGUUCCAUAGAACCUAAGAAACCAAAACGUUCGGGAGAAAUGUGUGCCUUCAAUAAAGUGCUAGCUCAUAUUGUAGCCAUGUGUGAUACAAAUAUGCCGUUUAUAGGGCUUCGCAUGGAGUUAUCUAAUAUGGACAUUCCUCACCAAGGGGUACAAGUAGAAGGAGAUGGCUUCAGCCAUGCAAUACGUUUAUUAAAAAUUCCUCCCUGUAAAGGUGUAAAUGAGGAAACGCAGAAGGCUCUGGACCGAUCUCUUCUUGACUGCACUUUCCGAUUACAAGGUAGAAAUAAUCGCACCUGGGUGGCUGAGCUGGUGUUUGCAAACUGUCCGCUUAAUAGCACUUCAUCCAGGGAGCAAGGACCAACCCGUCAUGUUUACCUGACGUAUGAAAACCAGUUAUCUGAACCAGUUGGAGGUCGCAAAGUUGUUGAGAUGUUCCUUAAUGACUGGAACAGUAUCGCUCGGCUGUAUGAAUGUGUCCUGGAGUUUGCACGAUCCUUACCAGACAUACCCAACCACUUAAACGUUUUUUCAGAAGUUCGUAUCUACAAUUACCGAAAACUUAUCCUUUGUUAUGGAACUACCAAGGGGAGCUCAAUCAGCAUUCAGUGGAACUCCAUACUCCAGAAGUUCCACAUUUCUCUGGGAACUGUUGGCCCAAACUCGGGUUGCAGUAACUGUCACAACACAAUUCUGCACCAGCUCCAGGAGAUGUUUAAUAAAACACCAAAUGUGGUACUGUUGUUACAGGUUUUGUUUGACACUCAGGCUCCAUUAAAUGCCAUCAACAAACUUCCAACUGUGCCCAUGCUUGGUCUGACUCAACGCACCAACACUGCCUAUCAGUGUUUCUCAAUUCUGCCACAGUCACCCACACAUAUCAGGCUGGCUUUUAGGAGUAUGUACUGCAUCGACAUCUACUGCCGGAGUCGUGGCGUUGUAGCAAUACGUGAUGGGGCGUACAGUCUCUUUGACAACAGCAAAAUAGUUGAAGGUUUUUACCCUGCGCCUGGAUUAAAGACAUUCCUGAACAUGUUUGUUGACAGCAAUCAGGAUGCACGAAGGCGAUCCGUAAAUGAAGACGAUAACCCACCUUCUCCUAUUGGAGGAGACAUGAUGGAUUCCUUGAUAUCGCAGCUUCAACCCCAGCAGCCACCACAGCAACCACAACAACAGCCAUUUGCAAAACAGGCAGGAGCAUCGGGAGCAUAUCCUCUUACUUCACCACCCACCUCCUAUCACAACACAGUGACACCAUCUCCGUCUAUGAUGCACACACAGUCACCAGGAAAUUUGCAUGCUGCAAGCUCUCCUAGCGGAGCUUUAAGAGCACCGUCACCAGCAUCCUUUGGUCCAACUCCUUCGCCUUCCUCUCUUGGAAUCACAAUGGGACAAACAGCUAACUUUGCCAGCCCACAUGGUACCAUAGACCCAAGCUCACCAUACACCAUGAUGUCACCCAGUCAGCGUGCAGGGAACUGGCCAGGAUCUCCCCAGGUCUCUGGUCCAUCACCAGCAGCACGGAUGCCUGGAAUGUCACCAGCCAACCCUUCCCUUCAUUCACCUGUCCCAGAUGCCUCUCAUUCCCCACGAGCUGGAACAAGUUCCCAAGCAAUGCCAACUAGCAUGCCUCCACCUCGUAAACUACCUCAGCGCUCUUGGGCUGCAUCCAUACCUACAAUCCUCACCCACAGUGCCUUGAAUAUUCUGCUGUUGCCCUCUCCUACACCUGGGCUUGUGCCAGGACUAGCUGGCAGCUAUCUUUGCUCCCCUCUUGAGCGAUUCCUUGGAUCAGUUAUUAUGAGGAGGCAUCUUCAGAGGAUCAUACAACAGGAAACGCUACAGCUAAUAAACUCCAAUGAACCAGGUGUAAUUAUGUUUAAGACGGAGGCACUGAAGUGCAGGGUUGCUCUCAAUCCCAAAACCAACCAGACCUUGCAACUGAAAGUAACACCUGAAAAUACGGGACAGUGGAAAUCGGAGGAGUUACAAGUUUUGGAGAAGUUCUUUGAAACAAGGGUUGCAGGACCACCUUUUAAAGCAAACACCCUAAUAGCCUUCACAAAAUUACUAGGGGCUCCAACGCAUAUCCUCAGGGACUGUGUACACAUCAUGAAACUUGAGCUGUUCCCUGAUCAGGCAAGUCAGCUGAAAUGGAAUGUGCAGUUUUGUUUAACAAUUCCUCCCAGUGCACCGCCAAUUGCGCCUCCAGGAACACCUGCUGUUGUGCUGAAAUCCAAAAUGUUGUUUUUUCUCCAGCUAACACAGAAAACAACAGUCCCACAAGAAGCUGUUAGUAUUAUUGUCCCAAUUAUUUAUGAUAUGGCUUCGGGUACAACGCAACAGGCUGACAUUCCCAGGCAGCAGAACUCUUCUGUUGCUGCUCCAAUGAUGGUUAGCAAUAUUCUAAAGAGGUUUGCUGAACUGAAUUCACCACGACCAGGUGAAUGCACAAUAUUUGCAGCCGUUCGUGAUUUGAUGGUUAAUCUUACGCUGCCCCCUGGUGGGCGUCCCUAGACACUUUUAAAAGAAGGCUGAAAGUGAGACAAAACAGCAAAAAAAAAAAAAAAAAUCCAAAAAAAAAAAAUCUAGUAAAGCCUUCGGUUAAAAGAGGACAUUUUAAUUUUACCUUUUUUUUUUUUUUUUAAGAGCUAACUAUAAUAAACUGGCAAACUUUUCAGGGAUGCACUUUCAUCAAAUGAGUAUCACCACGACUUUUGUAUAGUGCUGUUGUAUAGUGUGUUUUAAUGGGAGACACUUCAGACUAGGUAAUAGAUUGAAGUAUCAGCUUGCUGGUAAUAGAUUUAAUAUUCUGUUUUAUACUAUAAAGAUUAUGAAAAUGCCAAACUUGUUUGUUUUUCUGUUUUUCUUAUGUUUUGGUGUAAUAGUCUUUUUUUAAGGCAGGUCUGUCAUUUUUGAAUACUGUAAAACUGUGACAAACUUUAUAUUGAAGCUGUAUUUUAAUAUGACUGCUUUGAAUCCUUAAACAAUUUAUUUGGGCUUGUUGUAAACAUGUCCCCAAAAAGCAAUAUUUAAUAAACUGGAUUAAAAAAUCUUAAA